GAGGGUGAUGGAGCACUAAUUUUAUAUCUUAUCUGGGCAUAUAUUCCUGAGACUUGGCUGUUCUCCUUGGGACUGACAUACUGGCCUCAAAAGUACUGGGCAGUUGCUUUGCCAGUGUACCUCCUGGUGGCUGUAGGAAUUGGUUAUAUAUUGCUUUUUGGGAUUAACAUGAUGAGCACAGCUCCCCUUAACUCCACACACACCAUCACAGAUAACUAUGCAAAAAAGCAGCAGCAGAAGAAAUUCCAAGAGGAAGCAAUUCCAGCAUUGAGGGACAUUCCCAUCAGUGAAGUAAACAGAAUGUUCUUCCUUCCUGAAAAAGGCAUCUGCAAUAGCAGGGUUAUUGAAUUACCAGGAAUACCAGAAACAAGAAAGCUUCAGGGUUUUAUUUCAAAGUCUCUCCAGACACAAAAGGAUUUCCUCUCGUUUCCCCGUUCCAUUGACUCAUUCUCCUUGAGUUGGCAUCAUCAUCAUCAUUGUAGAAGUGAAUUGUGGCUUGGACUGGAAAACUCGCCAGAACCUUCUCUCCCAUCGUUUGGAGCAUCUCCUGAUCCUUCAGCCCUCAUUAUACCCCACACUACAGAGGCAUCUCAGAUGCUGCAGGUGUGUGGAUGGACCAGAAAGUUUGGCUAAGAAGGAUCUGAGAAGCUUC